ACACCAUUCCCCGUGAUUCCCGUGACUUCAUCCAUCUAGUCCAAUAAGUAAUCUUUUUAGUGGAGGAAGAAGAAAUGCUUGCAAUGCUUUCGCCAUUUUACAGUUCGUACAAAUCGAAGCUCACUUUAAAUCUGAAACUUGUCUAGAGGGUUCUCUUUCUUGUAAGCACUUUUUAGCUUUAGGCCACAUCUUGAAAAAGGCAGAAAUGAAUAAAUGUCUGAAUUUGGUGUUACUUGGAAAAAUAGGAGCUGGGAAGAGUGCAUCAGGAAACACAAUCCUGGGACGACAAGCUUUUGUGUCAAAGGAAAGUUUAACUUCUGUCACACAAGAUGUUGCUGUUGAAUCUGGAACUGCCUGUGGGUUUCCAGUCACUGUUUAUGACACACCAGGAUUAUUUAACACAAAGCUGAGUGAAGAGAAGAUUCAGCAGAUUUAUGAAAAGGUUCUGCAGGAAUGUGAAUCAGGUCUUUGUGUGUUUUUGCUGGUCAUCAAAGCUGACAGAUACACUGAAAAAGAGAGAAAAACUGUGGAGAAGAUCGAGAAGCUCUUGGGAGGAAAACGUCUGCAAGAAACCUGGAUUCUCUUCACCAGAGGAGAUGAACUGGAGGAUGAAAACAUGACUAUACAAGAAUUCAUGAAUGAUACUGAACCACUGAAGAACCUUGUUCAGAAAUAUAAUCAGAGAUACCAUGUGUUCAACAACAAGAAGAGAGAACACAGUGAACAAGUUCAAAUGCUGCUUGUAAAAAUAUGUACAACAUACAUUGACACAAUGGAAAAAGAAGCAAUGAAACUGAUGCAGACUCUAGUGAAGAGACGAAAACCAAAACACACUCCUGCUGUCAGUCUCUCACCCAGAAGGAUUGUUUUGCUGGGUAGAAAUGGUGUUGGGAAAAGUGCAGCUGGAAACACAAUACUGGGACAGAAAGAGUUCAGAUCUGAGAGGAGAAUGAGAUCAGAACCCAGUGAAUGUUCAGUGAAACAAGUCACUGUUUCAGGCAGAUCUGUGUCUGUAGUUGAUACUCCUGGAUUCUUUGACACAGAGAUGAAACCUGAAGAGUUAAUGACAGAGAUCAUGAGAAGUGUUUAUUUAUCCAAUCCUGGACCUCACGCUUUUCUCAUAGUGUUUGAUGUGAAUGUGUGGUUCUAUGAGGUUCUGCGGAUUCCUCAGAUGAUUGAGAUGCUGUUUGGUCAGGAGGUGUUAAAAUAUUCCAUCAUUCUCUUCACUCAUGGAGAUCUGAUAGAUAAAGAGACUGUAGAUGAACUCAUUGAGUGGAACAGUAAAGUAAGUGAUCUAGUUGAUCAGUGUGGAGGCAGAUUUCACAUCUUCAACAAUAAAGAUCAGAGAAACAGAGAGCAGGUGAAUGAUCUACUGCAGAAGAUUGACACAAUGAUAGAGCAGAAUGGAGGAGGACACUACAGUAAUCAGAUGGUUCUAGAUGCUCUUAGAUUCAAACAAGAGGAAAGGGAGAGGAGAUUGAGAGAGGAGAAACAAAGACAAGAGAAUGAGAGAGUAAUAAAGGAGACAGAGGAAAGAGUCAGAGUAGAGAUGGAAGCUGAAAUGCAUUUUAAAAUUAAAAGAUUUAAAGAGAAGAUUGAGAGAGUAAGAAAAGAGACAGAGUGGAGAGUCAGAGCAGAGUUUGAAGCUGAGAGAUCUGAACUAGAAAGAUUUAAAGCAGAGAGACAGAGAGAAGAAUGGAGAAAACAACAAAAGAAGAUUGAGAGAGUGAGAAGGGAGACUGAGGAGAGAGUCAGAGUAGAGUUUGAAGCUGAGAGAUCUGAACUAGAAAGACUUAAAGCAGAGAGACAGAGAGACGAAUGGAGAAAACAACAAAAGAUGAUUGAGAGAGUGAUAAGGGAGACUGAGGAGAGAGUCAGAGCAGAGUUUGAAGGUCCACCAAGAUUUUUACAUGAAAGACUUAACGCAAUGAGACUGAGAGAGGAGGAAUUUCAGAGAAGGAUAAGAGAAUCACAGCAGAGUUUCGUUCACGUAAUGUUUCCAUCAAUGACACAUUUUAUGGAGGUGCGGAGAAGAAAACUAGUAAAGAAACAAAGGCAAAAGGAGAUUGAGAGUCUGAUAAAAGAGACAGGGGAGAAAAUCAGAGCAGAGUUUGAAGGGCAUUCAAGUUUAGUCGAAUGUGAACUAGAAGCAAGAAUGUAAAGUGACUAGAAAACGAAAUAAAAAAUGUGCCUGUAGUUGAUACUCUUUUACAGGAUUUUCUGAUGUACAGAUGAAACCUGAGGAGUUAAUCAUGGAGAUAGCGAGAAGUGUCCUGGACUGCAAGCUUUUCUAAUGAUGAAGUUAAGAAAAAUGAUGGAAAGAAACAAGCAGUGGAGUUAAGCCCUUUUUUUCCAGGGUUCUGCAUCAUAUAUCAUUUAGUAGAACUAAUGGUGCAGAAGGAAAUAAAAGGAACCUAAGAUUAAAAGAGUGAUAAAGAGAGAGGAGAGAAGAAAAGUAUAAACAGUGAAGAAUAAAAGAGGAUUCAAAUAGUACACAAACGAUGGGCUAACUGCACUGCUACAUGCUUCUUCAACAGCUGACAUUGUCAGCCUGAGAAACUCAUCAUCAUAAUUACCUUCCUCACUGCUGUAUUCCAGCUGGAGAACUCAAGAACAGUACAGUAUCAAACACCUGAACAAUUGUAAAUGAACAUUUCCGCAUCCAGCUGAUGAGACGGCUCUGGAUCAUGGACAGUAAGAGCAGAACGGCUUCUAUCAGCACUAUUCAGCAGUUCAAAACAUCAAAAAAAUUGAUUCCGGCUGCAUGAUGAUGAUGAGGGUUUAAUAUGGAGUUGGCCCACCCUUUGCAGCUAUAACAGCCUCAACUCUUCUGGGAAGGCUUUCCACAAGGUUUAGGAGUGUGUUUAUGGGAAUUUUUGACCAUUCUUCUAGAAGCACAUUUGUGAGGUCAGGCACUGAUGUUGGACAAGAAGGCCUGGCUCGCAGUCUCCGCUCUAAUUCAUUCCAAAGGUGUUCUAUCGGGUUGAGGUCAGGACUCUGUGCAGGCCAGUCAAGUUCCUCCACACCAAACUCGCUCAUCCAUGUCUUUAUGGAGUGUGGAAGAAAUUUUGAGUUUCUGUAUAAUUUCCAUAUGAUUUUACUUAUAUGCUUAUGGAUAAUUAUUUUGUUUUUCUCAGAAGUGCUUAAGUAUGCAUUCUUUGGGUGACAGGGGGAAAAACACUGAAGUGGUAAACAUGUUCCUAAUAUGGUAAAAGGACAGAGGCUUCAGCCUUGGAGGUAUAAAAGUGAGGGGAAGCUUUCAUUCUUUGUCUUACACUCUGCAGCUACCUGUGUGCCUGUAUGAAUGUCUGACCUUUCUUGCAAGAAAUAAAACUUUUGAAAGACAA